AGGAAGCGGUGGAGGAAGUGAAAGGCUCAUUUCUUCGAAGCCCACUUCUUUCUCUCCAGCCUUGGAUCGAGGGUCCGUCUUCUGGAUUUGAAGACUGCGGCGCUGACCCGCUCGACGCCUUCACGUGCAACAGGAAAUCAAGUUUUGCUGAAAAAGGCCCGGUGCCCGUGGCAUGGUGGCCGGCCUACACACUUCCUCCAUGCAGCUAUAAAGCAGCAGCAGCAGCCGGGGUGGUGCUCGACGCCAGGGAGCCAUUUUCUUUGGGCUUCUCGCGCCGAGCGGCAUGAGCGAGUGACUUGGCGAGGCAGGACCAGAGGACAAGGACGCACUCGCAUUGUCACCAUGAACUUCAGCCACGUCCCGAGCAGAUCUGAGGUCACACAGUGGGGGCCAAGCCAGCUGGCGGACUACCUGAAGUCGAUGAACCUGAAAGACUGCGACAAGGUCGUCAAGAAGCACAACAUCAACGGGCACCGCUUCCUGGAGCUCUCCGAGAACGACCUGCAGAAGUUCCCCAAGACGCACGCCCCCUUAGUUACUCGUCUUUGCAUCGAAAUCAAAAAAAAGGAGGACCGCCGAGGCUUUUUCAGCAAAAAGCCAGCAGCUCCGAAGUACCAAGAGCAAGAAUGCAUGCAAGACGAAGCCGGCUGGGACUCGGAGGAAUUUGAAGACGACGAUGACUACGAAAGCCCAGAUGCAGAAGACGACAUUGGCAGCGAUGGAGAUUACGAAGACCCAACCGAAGAUGGCGAGGGGGAAAGUGACAACGAGUACGAGCCACCGCCUGUCGAGCCCAAUGAGGAGCAGCAGAGCAGGAUUCACGCGGCCAAGCCCAUCAGCAACAAUGCCGACUACAUUGAUAACCCGAGCCGGGCACCUUCCAUGAAGAUGGCACCAAGUCAGCCCCCCAUUCCUCCUCAGCGGCCAGGAUCCCUGCCAGGCGGCCGCACCAACAUGGCAGUCCCUCCGCCGCCCAAGAGAGAGGAGUCUCCUCAGCGAGGCUUUAGGCCACCCAAAGCAGCUGCCUCUGCACCUCUGGGACCUUCGAUAGACAGAAGUAAGAAGCCAUCCACCUUGGAACGGGGCGCAGCGGGCCUCCCGGACAGAGACGCGCCUGUAUUGGGAAAGAAGCCCCCCUUUGCUGACAAGGGCAACGUGCCACUGCCCAGGCCUUCAUCUGUAGAAAAGCUGCCAAACGUCAGCAAAGUAAGCAAACCUCCACUCGCCAACGAGCGGGCCGAUGCCGGCAUGGCUCGCAGACCACCUGCACAAAGGCCUUGGGCUCAGGACAGAAGAGAUGAGCCACAUGACGAUGGUUUGUUGCCGCGACCUCCGGUUCCUCAGCCCGGCAAUUCUCCGUUCAAUUCUAACACCUACCCUUCCAAAGCACUGCCACCCAAGCCGGGCUCGUUUGGUGCCGACAGCCAAGGGGCCUCCAGGACUUUGCCGCCUCGACUCCAGCCAGGUGUAAAUGUCAACCGGUCACACUCGAGGGGACCCAGUGACAUGAAGUCACCAGCACCCCCACAGCAGCCUCAUCGGCCCAACGCAGCGGCGUCAUCUUACGCUGCAGACAACCAGGAUCUCAACUCUGAGUGGUACAUUGCGGGGAUAAGUCGCAAGGAAGCAGAGGAGUGCGUCUGGACAAUGAAUCAGGAUGGAGCCUUCCUCGUCAGAGACAGCUCUAAGCGGUCCACCACUCAGCCGUACGUUCUAAUGGUUCUCUACCAGGAUAAGGUGUUUAACAUUCAGAUUCGCUAUCAAGAGGAGCAAAGAGUGUACCUUUUAGGAACCGGAAUCAAAGGAAAGGAGAAUUUCUCUUCAGUAACAGAAAUCAUUGAAUACCACAAGCAAGCCCCCCUUCUUCUCAUCGAUGGCAAGGACCGUGGAUCAGGGCACAAGAGGCAGUGCUGCCUGACAUACCCGGCGCAGUACUGAGGGGGGUGCUUGGCACUCCUGCACAUCUGAAAGCUGUAGAAGGCACAUGGCAUUUCUUAAACUUUACAGCAAGUAGCGGAAUGAUUCAAUAAACCGUAAUUUAUUCACAGUAGCCCAGCACGUGCCCUUUUUCUUCUCCCGUGUAGGCAGUCUGAGUAGCAGGCUACUCCCAAAGAUUUCUCGGAGCUGUAAUACAUGUGUGUAGUUUACCUAAAUUGUGCCUUUUAAUACAUGCGUAUGGACUAUUCUUAUUUUUCUCUUCUUCACUGGUUAUUUUGGUGUCGUGACUUGGAUUGCGGUUAGAUUAGAAUUGCCUGUUUGAUUCUUUUGCCACCUAAACCUUGCCCUCCACAUUAAUGGUACUGAAGCGGCCUUGCCAUCAGUUCAGGCUGGUGGUAAACCUGGAGCUGCGUGGUCCUCGGAGAGCUGCAGAGAAGGCGCCGCUCCUGGAGAGACUUCCCAGAAGUGAGACCCUCUCUCCUCGGCCACAUUCAGCAUUUUCACUUUCUCUGGGUGACUGAAGCACACGGUCAGACUGCACUGCAGGAGCUGAGUCUUAACUGAAAGAAAGCCAAAUGACAAAAGACUUUUUAUGUUUGUUUACAUUUUUGUUUGUCUGAAUAUGAAUAGACAUUUCAUGCUGAAUCUUCAGGAUUUAGAUUUCAAAUGAAGCAAAGCUAACAUAAAAGCUACCAACCUGAGAUUGGGGCGGCCGACUGACUUUUGAAAAUGUGCUCUUCAUGUGAAGCUGAUGUUUACUGUUGUUAUGUUAUAUCCAUUUUUAACAAAUAAACUCGUAAUGUGUUUGCUGCA